UUAUUGUUUCUUUACAAGAAUCGGAGAAUUUCACUACUGUAGCCUUUAGUUUACUUUUGUUCCUGACAAGUACAACAGUUUUGUUUUCGUCAACAUGGAGACACAAAUAGAAAACAGCGAUGGCCCAGAAGAAUACAUGCCUGAAAGUUCACCAUAUGAUCACAUGGAGCCAUUGGAAUUGGAGGAAAUGAACGCUUUUGACAGAGUUAGCAGCAUUCCUUUUGUUGCUAACACGUGGGAUGCUUUUAGCACCUAUUAUUCAUCAGCAAAGAAAUCUUAUCCUUCUGUUACACCUUAUAUUGAGUUGGCGGAGAAGAUCACCACUGGGGCAGCCAACAUUGCCUUUGCCACUACUAAGCCUGUUGUUGACAAGCUGGCACCAACUGUUAACUCUUAUGCCAAUUUGGGUUUGGACAAGCUUGAAGAUGCAUUGCCAAUGAUUCAUGAUCAACCAGAUGAGAUUUAUGAUUCAACAAAGGAAGCAGUCACCUCACUUGUAAAUCGAAAGAUAGAUUCAGCUCUCUCUGCCACUGAGAGAUAUGUAGAUUACUACUUGCCACCAACAAAAGAUGAAGAUGAUGAUGUGGAAAGUAGCGAUGAUGAAGAUGAUUCUGACAAUGAUUCUGAUACCAACAGCAGUGUGGAUAGCUCUGAACAGGUCUCACCCAAAGAAAGGAUAAGGGUUAUUAGUCAUAAGGUCCGCGAGAGGGCGUACCAUCGUGCUAUGGACAGAGUGCAUGGUGUGCAGAAAAGAAGUACUGAGACUUUGAAUAAGUUGACGUUUACUGUUGAUUUGAUACAAUAUGCCAAAGAGAAUAUGGAUGUCACCCGUGGGAACAUUGUGUCAACUGUUGCAACAGCAAAUGAAACUAUUCGAAAUGGGCUUGAAGCUUCUCAAGAAAAUGUGGCAAUCGUUUGGAAGCAAAUUCGAAAUCGUUCUAGUGAUGCUGCUGCAGAACUUCGUGUUUUAGAAAGAGCCAGAACACUGACAGGACAGAUCCAGAAGUCAUGUGGCGCACUUCUUUCAGUUGUUACCAAGCUUCCCCAGUAUGACUACCUUCAUGCUAAGAUUUUGAAGGCAAAAGAAUCUGCUGAUACCCUUGCACAAAACCUUGCUGGUAAAACAUCUCUUCGUGAAUUGUCUGCUUCUCUCACCACAUCUGCUCGCUCCACUUUAGAACAUGUUGGAAGCUUGUUUGAGGCUCUUAUUGGAAUAGCAGCUGACCAUGCCCCCAUCAGUUGGUUGGCACCAGAGUUCGACUGCGAUCCAUUAGAUGGCCUGUACAUGCAAGAUCUUGAGGCCGAUCUUCACAUGCACAACAGCAGGGUGUCACCACGUGAGAACCAAAGAGGCUAUCACGUCCGUUUCCAAAGAGGAUAAGAAAGAACAAUUAGAGGAAGAUAAUGAUUUGUGAAUGUUGCAAUUUUGUUUCAUUGUAUAUAUGCCACCAGUUUGCAUGAAUUACCAGUUAGAUGUUGUAUUCAUUUUUCACCUUGUAUCUAUCUGUUACUGUCAUAUUAUGCUCAACCGGGUUACUCUGUGGUGUGGGUGACACCAGAUGCGCAGAAUAGCCUUGUGAAAAUUCUGUUUUGUAGAUUUUGCUCAACCUUGUGCCUAUUUGCAUGAAUAUGUUUUCAUUUAACCAUGAAAUAUUUAUUUUUUGCUGAUCUAUACUACUCAAAGAUACUGGGAAUUAAAAAAAAUUGCAUGUCAGCA